CUGUGGUGUUGAGUGCUGACUGCUGACAAGGCGACAGACACCAGCUCGGUUUUAAGGGAGCGUGUAAUGCGGAGCCCUGACAACACAUCAAUGGACAGCACGUUGCCCAGCUGAGAUUGAAGCACUCGUUGCCCGUAAGUCCGGACCGCGGGAAUGGAUCUCACUUCGAAUUUCACCUCACUCGUCAAAACGCUGCGAUCUCGCAGCAAAGCGCUGGGAGACGUCGAUGAGCCCCGGAGCCCCCGAACUCAGAAAGAGAAGAGCCGCUUCAAUUCUAAAGCGAAAGAUGUAGUAAACAGUAUCUCUCAGAUGAAGGAAUUUUUCCUAGAGCAUCGGGAAGACUACAUAGACCGGAAUUUUUUGAUAUUCAACGGUUCGAAAAUGAGUGAUUUAGAGCGCGAGGAAAUUGAUUCCGAAGCCCACAAAUUCAUUGCCAAGUGCAAGCAAGUCAUCGGCAACCUUCGGAAAGAAAUAAACAUUUGUGCCUCGAGUCCGCAACAGAAAGCUCACCUCACGGCAGUGAUUCUGAUGAUUGAGGAAUAUCUCCGACUAGUCGGAAGAAUAUGGUCGAGCCAGAGAGCCUUGCGAAUGCGUCAAGCCGAAAGAAUGAGGGCUUUCGGUUCUCUGACCGGUGGUCAAACAGUGAGGGAAACUCCCGGCGGGGUCAUCGAAUCCACCGAGAGCACCGCGCUCGAUGAAGAUGAAUCUUUCGAGAAAGCUUCAGGUAAAAGGUGUAUUUUGGAGAAUGCGAUGUCGAAAAGAAGUCUCCCUUUCCACGAAGAUUCGCACCCCGAAGAGUUCAAAUCGGUAGAGAUCACUCAGGCCGAUGUUUUGGCAUUAGAGGAAGAGAAUACCCGACUCUACGAUGAGUUGAACUCGAUGGCGGAGCAGGUGAAAUUGAUAGGCGGUAGAGUCGAAGAAAUCUCGGAACUCCAAAAGCAGUUCGUGAAUAAGGUCAUCGAACAGGACGAGGAGGUGCAGCGAAUAGCUCUCAAUACGAUCCAUGCGACGGAGAGCGUCAAAGACGGAAAUGAACAAAUUCGGCAGGCAAUGCAAAACAGCGCCGGAAUGCGGGUUUCGAUUUUGUUUGUUCUGAUCGUGCUGAGUCUCUCUUUGUUAUUCCUGGACUGGUACAACCCGUGACGAGCUUUCACUAGGGGAAACGGCAUUAGAGGCUGCUGUGGAAUUUCUAAACUAAAUAAAUCUA